GCCUUUGCGUCAGGCUUGUGUAUGUUUCCUUCGAGAGGUUGGACAAGGAGUGAGUUUGCAGGCUGAAAAAUAAUGGGGAGUUCAGGAAUAUAAGGCAUUCAUGAAAAGAUUAAGUAAAGCAGUUCGCACUGGGCAUGGGGUCAGAAUGGGAAGCGCCAGCGGCAAGGAAGAUCCAGUCAUUACAGACCGGUUGAAGGCCGAAGACUUCGUCUUUACAAAGACUUCUCGCUAUGGCUUUCCAUACCAACCCACUUGUGUGGCGUACGAUCCUGUGCAGAGCUUACUUGCGAUUGGAUCCUACGAUGGCUCUCUACGGAUCUUGGGACAGGCAGGUUUAGAAUCUCAUGUUCAACACGAGAGUGGCGCUGCAGUUAGAGAACUUAUCUUUCUCGUAAAUGAGGGAGCUUUGAUAAGUCUCUGUGAAGAUGACUAUAUACACCUGUGGAAUUUACGCCAGGCAGAACCUGCUCUUGUGCAGUCAUUAAGAUUUAAUAGGGAAAAAUUAACCUGUAUGCACCUACCAUUCUCCUCAAAGUGGUUAUAUGUUGGCACAGAAAAAGGGAAUAUUCAUGUUGUAAAUAUCGAGAGUUUUCAGUUGUCAGGAUACACAAUAAAUUGGAAUAAAGUAAUAGAAAUAAAAUGUAAAACUCACCCAGGUCCAGUUGUACAUAUAAGUGGUAACCCUGUGGACCCUAAUAAGUUGCUUUUAGGUUUUGAAACUGGAACAGUUGUUGUUUGGUCUCUCAGAGGGAAAACAGCAGAACACAGAUGUAUUUGUCCUCAGGUAUGAACAAAAUAGAUGCAAUUGUUAUCAAUGAUUGUCCAAGCAUAACAGACUGGGACUGGUUCAGGAGACUCCACUGUUAAGUUUACCACAAUUA